GAACAUCCCCAAUUCCUACGCUUCCUCCAACCUCACGGGCGGUUCACCACGUCACAACACACACACCACCCCAAAACCCAUCACAAUGGCACGCUCCCCAAGCGACGCCACGCGCUUCACCUCGACGACCCCCCACGCGACGAAGCCCUUCUACCCGACGUCCUCGAACCCGGGCCCGUCCACGCUCCCACCCAAUGAAGCUGCCGCGGCGCCGGCGGGCGAGACGCCGCAGCAGAAGGUGAGGCGGCUGAGGGAGGCGGCGAAUCGGGCGAGGGAGGGACGGUUGACGGGGUUUGAUAAGGUGGUUAUGAGGGGGAGGGUGUGGGCGGAUCGGGCGCAUAGGGUUACGACUUUGGGGUUGAUUGGGAUUACUUGCAUCGCCGGAGCAGUAACAGUCUACGCCCUCGGCGACAUGAUGAUCUACAACCGCCGCCGCCGCCGCGAAUACUUCGCCGAGCAAAAAGCCCUCACCGAAGCCGCCACCCAAGACGCCGCCGUCGCCCUGCGCUCCGGCACCGCAACAGCCGAACAACUCAAGCUCCUGGAGCAGCAGCGCGGCCAGGCCGCCGUGGCGGCAGAGAUGCGACAGAAGGCUGCUGAGAUGCGGGAAGCGCGGGCGAAUGCCCCUGCUGCGCCGUUGGAGAAGGUGGAGGGGAAGGGGAUAAUGGCGUCGGCGACGGGGUGGUUGUUUAAGGGGUUGAAGACGGAGGAUAGGCCGGAGGUGGGGUAUGAGAAUUUGGUUGAUGAGAGGGGGGUAAAGGGGGGUGUGACGAGGGCGGUGGAGGAGAGGAGGGCGGAGAGGGAAGCGAAUGGGGGACCGCUGGAUAGGUUGGGGACGGAGGAGAAUGAGGAUGAGAAGAAGGGUGGUUGGACGAGUUUCAUGACACGGAAGUAGGGGCGGGAAAGGUGACAUGUGUUUGUUAGUUGUGUAUAACGUUGUGUAUAUCGUGGGGUGUAAGAUAGCGCAUGUAGCGGCGUAUAUGGUGGUAUUAGGGCCAGAAAAAUAUAAUCCCCGUCCGAACUUU